AUGCAAUUUUCUGUAUCCCCUCUCCUGUAUGACUGUUUCGUCAUUCACUGCUUCAAGGAAGUUGGAGGCAACUUUUCUGCAAGUUUAUUCGACAAGCUUUCUCCAGUCACGGGCACUUCCUGCCUGCCACACUUCUAUUCGUCAGCUCCGGUGCGGCUUCCCUCUUGCUCGUCAAAUUGCUGCCCUCCGUGCUCUCUUUCCACCGCCGAGAAAAUCUACUUGUCCCACCUUUUCCUGCCCAAUAAAGGUUGCCCAGCCCUGCCUACACACAAGCAGGUGAAUUCACUCGUUACAGCUCCUAUCUUUGCUGCUGCUGUUGCCGCCAUCAUUUCGGAUGCUCAGGCCAAUACUGAGGAUGCAGUCUGCAGCAGCCUCGUUGCCUUGUGGGUUCGGUGA